UCCUCACCUCUGGAGUUCUCUUAGGCCUCCACAGGAGCUCCAUUGCCAUGACACAGCUGCUUCUGCUCAUUGUCGCUCUCCUGGUCCUGGGUCAUGCCCCACCAGGGAGAACUGAAUUCAAACGAUGCUGGAAGGGCCAAGGGACCUGCCGGACGUAUUGCACAAGACAAGAAUCCUUUAUCCACUUGUGCCCAGAUGCAUCCCUGUGCUGUCUCUCCUAUAUGUUCCGGCCCUCACGUCCCCCCAUGCCUGAGGAUGAGUAGCUGCUUCUGAACUGAGCACCCUUGCUCUCCAAUAAAACACAG